AUGCAUCUUUCUACGGAGCACAAGAUUGAGCUAGGACUGACAGAAGAAGGCACGGACAACCUUGCCUUCGCCGGCCCUGAGGUUGAGGACCAGCUACGGAGUGACAGCACUGGGGUUUCCGGCACCCCCCCGAGGGUAGAGCUGGAGGAGGAGGUGCAGGAGGAGCAGGAGGAGGUGGGGAAGGGUCAGGAACUGGUGUACUCCCUCAACGACCGGCCACCGUGGUACCUCUGCAUCCUUCUGGGAUUCCAGCACUACAUCCUGGCGUUCGGGGGCAUCAUCGCCGUGCCCCUCAUCCUGGCAGAGCCCCUCUGCAUAGGGGACAACAACUCCGCCAAGAGCGACCUCAUCUCCACCAUCUUCUUCGUAUCGGGGCUGUGCACCCUGCUGCAGACCUCCAUCGGGACCAGGUUACCCAUACUCCAGGGAGGUACUUUCAGCCUGAUCACCCCCACGCUGGCCAUCUUGGCCCUCCCUAAGUGGCAGUGCCCAGUCGCUGGGACCCCGACCAUGGACCUGGGAAACACCACCACACCCCUGGCCACGGAGGACCCAGACCAGUUGUGGAUGACCCGGCUACGGGAGAUCCAGGGGGCCAUCCUGGUGUCGUCCAUGCUACAGGUGGUCCUGGGCCUGACGGGACUCGUGGGUCUGGUGCUGCGGUUCAUCGGCCCCCUGGCCAUCGCCCCCACCAUCAACCUCAUCGGCCUGUCGCUGUUCAUCGAGGCUGGGAAGAAGUGCGGCGCCCACUGGGGCAUAGCAGCCUUAACGGUGGGUUUGAUCAUUCUAUUCUCUCAGUAUCUGAGCAAGGUCAACGUUCCCAUGAUUACCUACAAGGACAAGAAGUGGACAAUCUUUCAGUAUCCCCUCUUCAAACUGUUCUCUGCCUUGUUCGGGAUGUGUGGUGGCUGGUUGGUCUGCUACCUAUUGACCGUCUUCGAGGUUCUGCCCUCCAAGUCGGACCAGUACGGAUACUCUGCCCGGACCGACAUCAACCUGGACGCCGUGAGCAGUGCUCCGUGGUUCCGUGUUCCUUACCCAGGUCAGUGGGGGGUCCCCACCGUCAGCGUGUCGUCCGUGCUGGGGAUGACAGCUGGCGUGCUGGCCUCCACCAUGGAGUCCAUUGGCGACUACUACGCCUGCGCCCGCCUCUCCGGGGCCCCGCCCCCACCCACGCACGCCAUCAACCGGGGCAUCGCGGUGGAGGGCCUGGGCUGCAUCCUGGCCGGGCUGUGGGGCACGGGGAACGGCACCACGUCGUACAGCCAGAACAUCGCCGCGCUGGGUAUCACCAAGGUCGGCAGUCGACUCGUUCUUCAGACCACGGGAAUCCUGAUGAUUCUUCUGGGAAUCUUCGGAAAAUUCGGAGCAGUCUUCAUCACCAUUCCAGAGCCUGUUAUUGGAGGGAUGUUCCUGGUGAUGUUUGGAAUGAUUGCAGCUGUGGGAAUAUCCAACCUUCAGUACGUGGACCUGAACUCCUCCAGGAACCUCCUCAUUCUGGGCUUUUCCACGUUCAGUGGCCUGGUCCUACCGACGUGGUUCAACUCCAACCCUGGUGUCAUCGACACAGGAGUGAAAGAGCUGGACCAAGUUAUUUUGGUGCUUUUUACCACCCACAUGUUCAUUGGAGGUUUCCUCGGAUUCGUUUUGGACAACACCAUUCCAGGGAGUGAGAAAGAGCGGGGAAUAAAGAGCUGGCGUAAGAAGGUCCAGGAGAACGGACCGGGCCCUGCGGUUAACCAGUCCUGUUACGACAUCCCCUACUGCAACGCCAUCUUCCAGCGCUUCAAAUGCUUCCAGUACCUGCCGUUCCUCCCCUCCUACAGAGAGCCCAGGAGGAAAACCUCAAAGUGAGCCUAGCCAAAGUGGUGCUGAAAAACAACCUUCAUUCUGGGAUUCAGCUGGUUCCAUGGCUUUUGGUAGCACACUAUAUAGAGAAGGGGGCAGAUGGGAUAGUGUGUUCUGAAUUAUGACAUUUUAAGGAAUUGUGUCCGUUAUAUGGUUGAAAUUCAAACCUAUGUUGCAUUACAGGUAAAGCUUUGGAAAUAAAUUAAAAUGUCUACAUUUCAAAGAAUCGGUCAACCUGAACCUGGACCUUAUUUACCAAUCAUUCUCAUGGGCGUUGAGAUGUUGUAGGAAGAGAAAAUGUAAUUGAGAGAUAGAGAGCAGAGGGAUGGUUUUGUUUGACUUCAG